UUGCAAGGAGAAAGUAUUUAAUAAGGGAGACAGUCUCAGUUGAAACAUGAAGCGUUUUGGUACCAAGGCUUUGCCACCGCUGGUGUUGAUGUUGGUCAUGACAAUUAGUUUGAUGGAGCCAGGAAAGGCCGCUGCCUCUUGUCCCAGCACCUUCUUCUCGGCACUUGUUCAGCUGAUACCAUGCAGGGCAGCAGUUGCACCUUUUAGCCCACUCCCACCAAGUGAUGCCUGCUGCAAUGCCCUCAAAGCUCUAGGCCAGCCUUGCUUGUGUGUGCUUGUGAAUGGACCCCCAAUCUCUGGUGUGGACCGGAACAUGGCUUUGCAACUCCCCGAGAAGUGCACCGCCAACUUUGAACCAUGCCAAAUCAUGAAGUAAGAUAUACGAGCCUAGACCCGAGCUAGCUAGGAAGGCUCCAUGAAUAAGUACUGUUCAAGAAGUUUAGGGGUCUUUUGGUUGUAAUAUUAUCCGAUGCUGAUCAUAAUAAGAGGACAACUGUUGAGUGGAUUUAAGCUGUGAUCUACGGUACUUUUCACUAGUUUAUGUAAUUUUGCUAAGAAAAAA